AUGGAUAAGGGUCAAGAUGAGCUACCCUCAUUACCCAUUCCGCCUUUAGAUCAGACUUUAAACAGAUACAUGGAAUCGAUUAGGCCCUUGACUACGGACGAAGAAUAUGAUCGUAUGGCUAAAGCUGUCAAAGAAUUCCGCGAGUCCGACCAGGGCCCAAGCUUAGAUCAACGUCUUCGCGAGCGUGCACUGGAAUGUGAGAAGCGUGGGACGAGCUGGCUGGCGCAAUGGUGGGAUGACUGGGCCUAUUUUUCCCAUCGUGACUCGUCCACGUUUUUUGUGAAUUAUUACUUUGGUUUCCAGGACGAUCCACGCAUGCCAACGCAGACUGCUCGUGCAGCCUUGUUAGUGAGUUUGGCCCUCGAAUUCAGACAAUUGAUUGCGACACGAACAUUGACUCCAGAUAUGGCCAGAAAUGCGCCCUUCUGCAUGAACAUGUAUCAAUAUCUGUUUAAUUAUUCCCGCAUUGCUGGCUCCCCUGCCGAUACUGCCGUAGGCUUUCCAUUCGAAAAUAAUAACCAUAUCUGCGUGGUACGCAAUGGCAAGUUUUACAUUUUUGAAACCCUACAUAUCCCAUCCAAGCCCUCGUCUGUUCUGAGCCCACGCGAGAUCAUGAUCCAAUUGGAACGAAUCAAAAAAAUGGCGGAUGAUGACAAGUCUUCGGUUCCUGCUAUCGGAAUUUUAUCCACCGGACAACGUGAUCAAGUUGCCAAGGACCGGGUGACGCUCUUUGAAGCUCACACAUCCAAUAAGGCUCACAUGGCCAAGAUUGAGACAUCCAUGUUUGUUCUCUGCCUCGACUCUAGUUCUCCAUCCAGCUCGGAGGAAUUCUCCCGUGCCUGUUGGCAUGGAGAUGGCGCCAGUCGCUGGUUCGACAAGUGCUUCCAAUUGAUCGUCUUUGCCAACGGUCGUGCUGGUAUGAACGGAGAGCAUUCCAAGAUGGAUGCGACGCCUACCUCUCGUCUUUGCCGCUAUUUGAUCGACGAGGCUCAAGCUCGUGCACUGCCUGAUUUCCGAAACCUGAAUGCAGAGGAUCUGUAUGAGUGCGCCUCCAUUCUUGACAAACCUAAACCCCUCAACUUUGUUAACAGUCCUGCUUUAGAAAAGGCCAUCUCCAAUGCUUUCGCUUACUUUCACGCCACAGUGAACGCUCAUGAGAUGAUCCCCACAGAGUUUAAGGGGUAUGGUAAGGGUCUGAUCAAGUCAUUCAAAAUGUCGCCCGAUGCUUAUGUUCAAAUGGCAUUGCAGCUUGCCUACUACCGCAAACAUGGGGAAUAUGUCGCAACGUACGAAUCUGCAGCUACUCGUAAAUACCGUCAUGGCCGUACAGAAACUGUCCGAUCUUGCUCGAAUGAAAGCAAAGCUUUUUGUGAGGCCAUGGACAAUCCGGACGCUAGCCUCAAAGUACGUGCCACUGCUUGUCGCGCCGCCGUUGCUAGGCAUGCUCAGUAUACUGCAUGGGCAGUAGAUGGACAAGCAGUCGAUCGCCAUUUAUUGGGAUUGCGACUGAUCCGCAAACCUGAUGAAGAAAUGCCCGCUCUCUUUGCAGACCCCGUCUUUGCGCGCACAUGUCGCUGGCGACUUUCCACGUCGCAAAUCUCGGAUGACUGCUUCAUCGCAUAUGGAUGGGGUGAGGUUGUGCCCGAUGGAUAUGGAUGUGCCUACAUGGUCAAGGAAGCAGAACUAUAUUUUUGCAUUACAAGCUUGAAGUUGGGAUCCAAGGACUUUGGCCAGCACAUUGUGGAUGCACUAGAGGACAUGCGCUUCACAUUUGAGGAAGAUGGUAUUCUCAGCCGCCUGCGCUCUCGAGCUGCCUCGAGGUUGGCCAACAAGGCUUCCCCUCCCUCCAAUCCUUAA